AUGGCACCAGGUGCUCUGCUCAAUGAUGCGCCGGAAGAGGUUGUCUUCCACGCCGGCAAGGGCAAGCAGUCGCGCCCAGUCCUACGGGGGUCGGAUAUGAAACCGACUUUUGAGCGACUGCCAGAGGUUGACUUCAGCCUCGCGUCGUCUCCUCAGCUUGCCGAUCGUCAAGCCGUGGCGCGUCAAGUGAGGGAGGCUUUUACCGAGGUGGGCUUCAUGUACGCGACAAAUACCGGCAUCAGUGCUUCGUUGCAGACGCGGGUUACAGAUGUGAUCAAAGAGUUUUUCUCGCAGCCGCUCGAAGAGAAGAUGAAGAUCCACAUCAACAAGUCUCCCACGAUCAAGGGGUACGAAGCACUUCUAGAAACGCGCCUGGACGACCGCACGGCAGGCGAUCUCAAGGAGGCCUGGAACAUGGCCGAGGACCCGUUCGAGCCCGAGCAGAACGCGCCUCCAGAUCUGGAUCUGUCGGCGUACCCUUCGCCGCCGCUCACUCAAUGGCCCGAACAUCCGGCGGAAUUUCGCAAAACCAUUUACGAGUAUCGAGCCGCAGCGCAAGCCUUCUCCGAAACCUUGCUGCGAUUGAUAGCCCUGUCACUCGAUCUCGAAGAGAAUUAUUUUGAUUAUAUGACUUCCUUCCCCAUGGCGGGACUACGUGCUCUGCACUAUCCACCACAGCCGGUGGCGGCCGACAACCAGAUCGGCAUCGGCGCCCACGCAGACUAUAGCUGGUUUACCCUGGUCAAUCAGCUCACCGAUACGCCCGCGCUGGAGGUGUUGAACGCAAACGGGCACUGGGUACCGGCACCGCCCAUUGACGGCAGCCUUGUGGUCAAUGUUGGAGACUUUCUUGAGCGGGCAACCAAUGACAAAUUUGUGAGCACAGUGCACCGUGUGCGGAAUAUCAGCGGCAGGGAGCGCUACAGUCUAGCAUAUUUCUUCAGUCCUAGCCAAGACGUCAUGAUCCGGACACUACCAACAUGUCUGGACGAGGGAGAGAAGCCGAAAUACGAUGACAUCAAGGCCGGUGACUGGCAGACGCAGAGAUUGCUGAGGGCGAGGGUCAACCAUCCGGCUAGUAAGGCAGCAAAGGAGAGAGGGGAGAUCUGA